AUGGAUCUGAUACACCCAUCUCACCUAUUGUCUUUGUCUUCGUUUAUCCCCCACGCCCGCCCAGGCGAACUCGACGCCCCCGACUGGGGAUGCAGAAGAGAGACGGAGCUACACGGUGGUAACAAUGCGCCCAACACAUCCACAAGUACACACUCACACUCACACCCGGGCCACGAGGUGGGUGUGAGCGCUAGGGAGGGGACUGAUAGGGAUGCGGUUAGUGUGCACCUGACAACACCUGAACGACUGGACAGAGCUCAGAUACAGCAGGCGCAGCCAUUGCUACAGCAGCAACUGGCCGAAUCAGAGUCAAAGACAGAAAUUAAGCCAACCAGUGCAUCUGAUGAUGAAGAAAUGAGACAGAUUGAAGUGGAGCAGGCCUUGCUGCAAGUCAUGGACAACGCCAGUCCAUCGAUCACAGCCCAGAUGAGUACAAACAACGAUACUGCCACCGCACAACAGCAGCCCGACCCACUCGGAGUUGGUAUCAGCUCCCAACAUACCAGGAAGCUAACUGAUACGAACUCAGCCGAUGAGUUGAAGAGUCUGCGAGAGGCUAUAGACGAACGGGGGUCUUUUAUUCAUCACAAAAGAACUUCCCCACCCACAUCAUCAACACCCCCGCCAAGACUCAUUAGUGCACGGGGCCCUCACAUGGGUGUCCCAAAUGACAGAAACAGGACAGGUGCCACCUCAGCGGUACAGCUACCUGUCAUAGCCGCUAUGGCCUCAGCGGCCGACGGUGACGAUGCGGAGUAUCAAAAGCUGUUACAAAGGCACCGAGCACAGGGUGAUACGGCGGCUUCCAUAUUUGGUACCCGUAGCGACGAGGACAUUCUACCUACUUCAUCUGUCGGUAGUAUCCAACCCCAACCCCAACCCAAACCCAACCCAAACCCAACCGCAACUCUAAGCCCCAAAGUGAUUGGUGGCGGCCCUACAGUGAAUAGGGGACUACCGAAUGCGUCUAGUACCGCCAACCAAGUUUUUACCAAAGAACCCAUGGCCUAUUCGACCGCUGCAGAAGCCAAACAAGGGGCCAAUAAUAUGUCCCAGAACAGCGCACCCGACCCCAGUGAAAACGGACCUAAACGGGUGCUUACGCAUAAAGUUCUUCCCGCGACAGGCGAUAAAGCGGCUGAAGCUGUUUAUAGGCUGCCCAUGGGAUCCCCAGGAAGCAGGAACAAGCUGUCUCCUACUCUCCAAGCGACUCAGCAAAUGCCACAGAUAAAUUCACAGUCCCGUAAGCAUACACUCACAGACACGCCCACACACCACACCGCACACCCACCACCAGGCCAGGGCCAAGCGAACCCGAAAGCCAAAGUGCGACCCACCUGGGAGGCUGACAACAGAGCUACCCACUCUGGGGUAAGACCUACUCAGAUAACCAGAACUAAAGCUGCUACAGGCCGGGGGGCGAGGAUUAUUAGUAAAGUGCUCACACACGCCCGCCUGAGUGCCGCUGGGGGAGCGAAAACGAAGGCUGGACUACAUAUUGGUCCCGCUUUGGAUACCGGUUUAUCCGGUGGUGCUAAUAUGAUUAUUUUAGGAGACGACGAUGCAGAUACGACGACGAAUACAAAUGCGCACGGGCCCAAAACCCAGACCACACCGGACGAUAGUGAAGCAAUAGUAAUCGAUUAAAGCCCAUGAGUUGGCUGUGUAAGACUGGG